AUGACGCCAGCCGAAAUCGAAGCCCAAGACAAGGCGGCUGAGGCCGAGGCGGCCAUCGAGCCCGGGUAUCUCGUGGAGUUCCAGCCUGGUGACCCAGAGAAUCCGCGAAACUGGUCGUUUACGAAGAAGUGGUGUUGGACGAUUUUUCUGUGUUUCGUGGUCGCAGUGGGCUCUUCAAUGCCUACCGCCGCCUUAGUUCAGACGGGCAAGCAGCUACAUGUCAGCCAAGAGGCCGUCCACUUGUCUAUUUCCCUGUUCGUUGCCGGUUUCGGUUUUGGUCCCGUGUUUUUUGCCCCCCUAAGCGAGAUGUUUGGUCGGAAGCCUGUGUACAUCGUUUCUGGAUUUUUGUACUUUAUAUUUACAUUACCUUGCGCCGUGACAGACAACCUUGCAACCCUCUUGGCCGCGCGUAUGAUUUCGGGACUGGCGGCGAGUGUGCCCAUGACAAACGUAGGCGGUUCCAUCAGUGAUAUGUGGGUUGUCGAACAAAAGGGCAACCCAAUGAACAUCUUUUCGUCGGUCCUUUUCUUGGGUCCUGCAGUCGGUCCUAUCGUGGGUGGUGCCAUCUCGUCAGGCACAAAUGACGAGGAAGGUUGGCACUACAUCUACUGGACCCUGUUUGCGUUCAUCGGCCUGACCUGGAUUGGAUCGCUCUUCCAACCGGAAACGCUAGGGUCGGCCAUCCUCAAGAAGCGUGCGCGCAAAUUGCGCAAGGAAACCAAUGACGAACGAUACUCAACCUUGGCAGAGAAAGAGAAGAUGGGUCUCAAGGCGAUGGUCGUGGUCCUGCUGCUUCGUCCGGUGGUGAUGUUGUUGGUCGAGCCCAUCUUGCUCUUCUUCUCGCUCUACUUGACACUUGUGUACAUGCUGCUCUACCUCCUCUUCUUUGCAUACCCUAUUAUUUUCGCGGAGGGACAUGGUAUGAAUGAUCUACAGACCGGUUUGAUGUUCAUCCCCCUUAUUGUGGGUAUCCUUAUCGCCGUCCUGUUUACCAUGUUUGUCUUGGAGCCGCAUGUGAAGAAAAACGUAGCCCGUCGCGGUACGCCACAAACGCCCGAAGACCGACUCAUCAUUAUGUUUAUUGGAUCAGCCAUGUUCCCCAUCUCGCUCUUUAUUCUCGCGUGGACGUCCAUGCCGAGUGUGCACUGGCAGGGCGCUCUGAUUUCAGGUCUUGGUACGGGUCUGAGUUUCGUGAUGAUUUACAAUGCCGCUAAUACAUAUCUUGUGGACUGUUACCCCAAGACUGCGGCGUCUGCGCUAGCAUCAAAGACGCUUAUUCGUUCACUGGGCGGCGCUGCGGUGCCUUUGUUUGUCAACCAAAUGUUCCAUGCUAUGCAUAAUCAAUGGGCCCUUACACUGUUGGCUCUCGUUGCAACAAUCAUGGUGCCUAUUCCCUUCUUCUUCUACCGAUUCGGUCCCAAGUAUCGUGCGAAGUCCAAAUAUGCAUCAGGCGACGAUUAA